UCCUGCUCCUCCUCCUCUUCCCCGGCGCUUUGGUGCAUGAGACUGAGGCGGGCGAGGAGGAGUAGGGAAGGGGCGAGACUGCCGUGGCGGAAGCCCCCGCCUCCCUUGCGCCAGGAGGGCUCCCUCCUCCUCGCUGGGGAUCAUCGCAGCAGCAGCGGGAGAAGGAGGAGGAGGGCGGCGGCCGCUGCUGUCUUGGAGGGAGGGCUGGGCGGGGGCUUGGUUUCGCUCCCUGCCCCUCUUGCUCUCUUUCUUUCCGGGCGGAGGGGCGCGCGCGGGGGCUGCGCCGGAGCGAGGGCUCCCUUGGAGGGAAGCAUGACUCUGGAGUCCAUCAUGGCGUGCUGCCUGAGCGAGGAAGCCAAGGAAGCCCGGCGCAUCAACGACGAGAUCGAGAGGCAGCUCCGCAGGGACAAGAGGGACGCCCGCAGGGAGCUCAAGCUGCUCCUCCUCGGUACAGGAGAAAGUGGCAAAAGCACAUUUAUCAAGCAGAUGAGAAUCAUUCAUGGUUCAGGAUACUCUGAUGAAGAUAAAAGGGGUUUCACCAAGCUUGUUUAUCAGAAUAUAUUUACAGCAAUGCAGUCAAUGAUCAGAGCCAUGGAUACACUGAGAAUCCCAUACAACUAUGAACAUAAUAAGAGUAAUGCACAGCUAGUUCGAGAUGUUGAUAUAGAGAAAGUGAACUCAUUUCAGAACCCUUAUGUAGAUGCAAUAAAGAGUUUAUGGAAUGACCCAGGAAUACAAGAAUGCUAUGACAGACGACGAGAGUAUCAAUUGUCAGAUUCUACUAAAUAUUACCUUAAUGACUUGGACCGUAUUGCUGAUUCUGGCUAUCUGCCAACCCAACAAGAUGUGCUUAGAGUUCGAGUUCCAACUACAGGAAUAAUUGAAUAUCCAUUUGACUUACAAAGUGUCAUAUUCAGGAUGGUGGAUGUGGGGGGCCAGCGAUCAGAGCGAAGAAAAUGGAUACACUGCUUUGAAAAUGUCACUUCCAUUAUGUUUCUAGUAGCCCUUAGUGAAUAUGAUCAAGUACUUGUGGAGUCAGACAAUGAGAAUCGGAUGGAAGAAAGCAAAGCACUAUUUAGGACAAUUAUUACAUAUCCUUGGUUCCAGAAUUCUUCAGUCAUUCUGUUCUUAAAUAAAAAAGAUCUUCUAGAGGAAAAAAUAAUGUAUUCUCAUCUAGUUGACUAUUUCCCAGAAUAUGAUGGACCUCAGCGGGAUGCACAGGCAGCAAGAGAAUUCAUCUUGAAGAUGUUUGUUGACCUGAAUCCAGAGAGUGAAAAAAUUAUCUACUCCCACUUCACGUGUGCCACAGACACGGAGAAUAUCCGUUUCGUCUUUGCUGCAGUCAAGGACACUAUCCUACAGUUAAACCUGAAGGAAUACAACUUGGUCUAACUGUGCCUCUUAGGUCUCCACCCAACCCCACCCCAGUUUGGGUAAUUGAAGAUAUUCAAGAGGGACUGUAUUAUCUGUGAAAAUGAUCCACAUAAUACUAAUUUAUUGCUGGCCGGGACUCUGUUAAAGUUCACAGAGUUUAUAGUAAAUAUUAUGAUUUUAUUUAAACUUUACAAGAGGAAAAAUGAAAGAUGCUGAACUACAUUCACAGCACAUUUCCUCAUUUUUUUAGUCAAAACCUUGUGACUCAAUGUGUUUUAAAUCCUCAGUUGUGCACUCACAAACAAUAGGCUUGGGGUUUUGUUCUGGUUUUGUUUGGGGGUUUUAGGUUACUGAAGCCUAAUUGUUCCUCUUGUUGUCUCUGUCCCCUUUUGUUUUGUUUUUUAAAGGUACAAAUGGCCUUUCCCCCACGUCUUGUUCCUUGGUUUCCUCUAUAGUAUUCUGGUCAUGAAAAAAAUGUGUCACUUAGAAAUUAAGCCAUCAAUUUGUCUGAUUGUUUUCAUUAACUACUUUUUUAAGGAUUAAGCCUAUUGAUACUCUUAUUUUUAUUUUAUUUUUAUUUUUAGUUUUUGGCAGAGAUGUCAAAAUGCAUCUGCUUUUUGGUACUGUCUUUGCACUGAAGGCUGGGAGUGUUGUUCAGCGGGAAUAUUAACUGUAGCAGUGUUAAAUGGAUUUUACCUUUAAUUGUAUCAUGGAAGCUCAGCAAACUGCAAGAACACAACAACAAACUACUAAGACACAAAAGCAAUUCAUGAAGUAGGAUAGCUUUUUGGUUUGUUCUUUUUUUUUAGUUGCCACGUGCCAUUACAUUUUCUUCUUUUUCAGACUCAUAUUACUUUUCUUUCUUUUCUUUUUUUCCCUUUCUUUUUGUUUUUGUUUUCCUAAUCACAGAUGCCAAACAAAUGUCAUGGACACUACAAUAACCUGGAAUUGUUAUUAUUAUUAUUGUUAUUAUUAUUUUAAUUAACCAGACUGGCUAGAUUUCUCACUGCAAUUUCAGACCUAUUUUAUUGUCUACAAAGUUUCAUGUUGCCAAAUGUGGCUUUUCUUUUAUAAAAGCAUUAACUUUGAAAUGUAAGAUAACUGAUUUAAAAUGCCAAGUUAACUGAUUGAGAGUCUGUUCCAAACAACUGCCAAAUGUUUAAGAAGGAGAUUUCAGUUCCCUCUGUUCCCUCUUUGAAUUAGGAAGCGUUCCAUUUUCAGGGCCACCUCUCUCCAGACAAAAGAAAUAGUAAUGUGAGUGAAAACAUUAUUUGGUGCUAUAUAUACACAUGCAUACAGUGUAUUAAUUCAAACUGAGUUUCAUUCUUAUCAAAGAUGGCAUAAGAUUGCACAGUGGGAUGGUUUCCCUUUUGUAAGGCACCUUGAACUGAAAAAAAAAUUAAAUAGCAUACGCUUAAUACGGUUCCUUAAUUAAUGGAUUUGGACAUUUCUAAAUGAGACCAUUUCUUGAGAGUUUUUAUUAUUUAUGAAAUGGCUGAACAAACCAUAAUGGAAGGCUAAAGCUGCAGCCCUAUGCACAUUUACCUAGGAGUACGUUUUAUUGAUCUCAGUCAGAAUUCCUUCUGAGUAGACAUGCAUAGGAUUGCACUGUUAAGUAUAUAACAUUUUAACAAUAAACUUUAAAAGAAAAAAGACUGCA